UUGCGAAAAUAUCGCGCGAGUUUCGUAAGAAACUUUGCCGGUUCGCCCCUCUUUUUUUUGGCUUAUUGUAAAACCGGCCAAAACGCCUUGGUACACUUCGAGAUCUGGCAACAUCCGCUAACCGCCUGUCAACCCUGUCCCGUGCGAUUUGCUGCACAUUGUUCUAAAACAACCCAGCCGGAAAAGCCGUUUCAGCAGGCUAUCUAUUUAUGCGAUUCAGAUGUGAGACACUCGACUCGACGCUGUGUUCUAGGCAAUAGGCGAUACUCAAGCCGAUCAUCAUUCGAGUUCCCAAACAAUCCCAACCAGAAACUCACGCAUUCCGCAUUUCGCACACGGAACACAGGCAUACCACACACAACACACCGCACACGCACACAGGCAGCCGUCCUAAUCUUUGGAAACGUUGUCUGGCUGGCUCCAAAAACGCAUUGGCCAAAGACGAGGCACGAGGGGAUCGAGGAGGAGAUCGAGAGUCUAGGCGAGAUUCGGGACUUAAGCGGUGGGCAGGGGCAAGCAGAGCAGGAAAACAAAUAGAGAGCUAGCGAUAGCGAUGACCCAGCACGGAGGCACCGAGGCUUUGGCCGCCGAACUAGCCACGGCUGUCGAUCUGAUUAUGCACCCGAUGACCCAGCAGCAGGCGCGCCUGGAGGCCUAUAUGGCCUGUGAACGGUUCAAGGAGGAGUCACCGCUGUGCGCACAGGUUGGUCUAUUCUUGGCCAGCUCACCGCAGUCCAACCAGCAGGUGCGACAUUUUGGCCUACAACUGAUCGAAUACACAAUUAAGUUCCGAUGGAACUGCAUCACGCACGAGGAGAAGGUGUACAUCAAGGACAAUGCCAUCAAGAUGCUGAACGUGGGCGUGGGCCCGGCGGAGGACCGCUCGCUGCUGCCCACGAAGGACGCGCUUUCGCGCAUCAUCGUCGAGAUGAUUAAGCGCGAAUGGCCGCAGCAGUGGUCCGACCUGCUGCCAGAGCUGAGCCAAGCCUGCACCAAGGGCGAGGCGCAGACGGAGCUGGUGCUUCUGGUCUUCCUACGAUUGGUGGAGGAUGUUGCCCUGUUGCAGACAAUUGAGUCCAAUCAGCGUCGCAAGGACAUGUACCAGGCGCUAAACAACAACAUGAACGACAUUUUCGAGUUCUUCCUGCGUCUGGUGGAGCAGCAUGUGACUGCGUUUCGUGAGACUACGCGUCUGUGCAACUUCACAAAGGCCAACGCGCACAGCCGGGUCGUCGAAAUGGUACUGCUUACACUAAGCGGCUUCGUCGAAUGGGUCAGCAUUCAGCACAUCAUGUCAAGCAACGGCAAACUGAUGCAAUUCCUCUGCAUUCUGCUCAACGACAAAGCAUUCCAGUGCAACGCGGCUGAGUGCCUGGCGCAGAUCACGAACCGUAAGGGCCAGGCGAAGGAGCGAAAGCCGCUUUUGCAAUUAUUUAACGAGGAGCCCCUUCGCUACAUCUACCAGGCCAGUCAGAUACCACCCGACUCCAGCUCCACGUUGGCCAUCGAGCAACACCACAACUUCCUCAAGAAGCUGCUGCAGGUGCUGAACGGCAUGGCUCAGCAACUAGUGGCGCUUUGGGGAAAGGACGACGCCACACAGCGACCAGUGCAUCUGGAAGUCCUUCUCGAAUGCCUUCUACUCCUCGUACAGCACCAAUCUCUGACCGUCUCUCAUGGAUCCGCGCUAAUCUGGCAAUUGUUGCUCAAGCACGAGCCCUGCUCCAAGGAUUUCGCUACGGUCAACUACAUUCCCAAGCUCAUUCACACGAUUGCGCCCAGGAUCGUGAAGCUGCCAUAUCCUGCCUCCACUAGCUCGCCUGCCAGCCUCUCCACGGAGGCCUAUAUACGACUAGAGUACGACAGCGAAGAGGAGUUCGCAAUUUAUUUCUUCCGCUGCAGAACCGACUUCCUUGAGAUUUUUCGCCUGGCCACGCUUGUGCAACCUUUGGUCACUUACGGCUACUGCGAGCAAUGGCUGCAGCAGCGACUUCGCAACGCGGUAGCCGAAGCAGAUGCGGAAGCGAAAAGUGGCAAUGUGUCGUGUAGCGUACUGGACCCAGUAUACCUGGAAUGGGAUGCACUGGUAAGUGUGUUAGACGGUGUGCUUAGUCGCAUUCUUCUCGUAUCGGAAAGACCUUCGGUACCGGCGGGACUACGACUGUUGGAAGAGUGCCUCAAACUGGAGACAAUCAACCCGCUUAUCUACUCGAUUCUGCUGUCCUGCAUUUCGGCCCUGUUCGUUUUUCUUAGCAUGUCCGCGUGCCAGAUCACAGCCAACAACUGCGUAGCCAUGACCGGGGUAAGCCUUUUGCCGCGAGUGCUUGACAAGAUCUUCCGAGCACUUGUUCUGAAGCCCCCUAACGAACUGGAGAAGGUGCAGGCCAAGUCUGCAAAAAAUCUGCGCCGGCACGCCGCCUCUCUAUUGGUUAAACUAGCUCACAAGUACCCACUGCUGCUGCUGCCCGUAUUCGAGCAAAUCAACGGACACGUGGAGCUCCUACUUAAGGAGCCUGGGCAGCAUCAACUGUGCCGUUUGAUGCGCACUACUCUGCAGGAGGCACUAAUUCUCAUCUCAAACCACUUCUGCGAUUUCGAACGCCAGACUCUCUUCAUCGAGCACAUUGUGCAGGACAAGCGGGCCGAAUGGCUGGCCUUUGGCGAUGCCCUCAAGUCGCCCCUGGACUUCAUGAGCUUCGUAGGUCUGGACAAACCUCCUAUCUUUGCCGUAGAAGGCGCUCCCUCGCUCCAAAAUCGCUCGCGCCUUUUGGACGCACUACAUGUGGUGUUGGGUGUGGUUAAACGCUGCACCUGGCCAGACGAUCCGGAUCGCGCUCAGCGCGGAGGUUUUGUAAUUGGUUGUACGGAGCUGGGCAACCCCAUCUGCCGAAAUCCGGCCACCAAGCACGUCGUGCCACUGCUCUCGCAUGUGCUGAGCCUGAUGCGUGUGCUAAAUGAGCUGUUUGCGCCCGAGGCUCUACUCGCCCUCUCCGAAGGAUAUCGUGGAAUCCACGGCAUGUUGGAGCAUGAGAAGAAGUUGCUAAUGGGCAUUUGCGCCCUGCCCACCGACCCGCUAGACACUACCAUCCGCAGCGAGCCGACGGCCUUUGAGAAGAUGCAGACUUUUAUGAUGAUGGUCACUGAGGGCUGCUACCAUUUGAUGGGAUCAGCAGGACCAUCGCUGGGACGUGAUCUAUACCAACUGCUGGGUCUUUCCGACGCCAUUAUAACAAAUGUGUUCAGCCGAAUGGACUUGGUGCCUGACUACCGUUUGCGCCCAAUCAUACGGGUCUUCUUUAAGCCUUUCGUCUAUUCGUGCCCACCAACCUUCUACGACAGCGUUCUAGUGCCGCUUUUUGCCCACCUGGCGCCAUUGAUGUGCGAACGUCUUACCCGCCGCUGGAUUUACAUAGCUUCGCUCUAUGAAAGCGGGCAACUUAACGGCGAGGUCAACGACACUCAGGAAGUCUUGGAGGACCAACUUAAUCGUACACUGACGCGCGAGUACCUGGACGUGCUGAAGAUUGCGCUAGUUGGUGGGCAAAUUGGGGCCGAUCAUGUGGCGGCUGGCGCCAACGCCAACAGCAACUCUGUGGCCAUGGAGAACGAGGAGCACUCGAUGGACAGCGCACCGCAUUCGCGAGCGAUCCAAUCGGCAUUGCUCUCCGACAUCAUUAGUGAUUUAGGCGGCAAACUGCUACGCAACGGGCUCAUCGGCAACUAUGUGCUUAUGACCCUGCUCAAGGCCAUCGCUUGGAACGAUGGCAUGUGCAGCAUGAAGGCAGUGAACAUUGCUGCUCCCGUGAUGCGUUUUUUGGCUGCCGAGAAACUGAUGGAUGAGAAUAAGGCCGUUACAGCCUUUACCGCCGUCUUGCAGGGCAUGCAGGUGCAUGGACAGCACGAGGCCAACCAGUCUGGACUUUUAACGCUGGGCGUGCAGUUUUACGAGCUGCUGCGCCCACAGUUUCCCAUUCUCAGUGAAGUGUUGCAGCAUAUCCCCAGUGUAAACGCUGCCGAUAUCCAAAAAUUCGACGAGAAGAUCGCCGUGGCGCCCGUUAAGGGCAACAAGGUGGACCGUGCCAAAAAGGACAUCUUCAAGAAGUUAACCGCCCAGCUUGUCGGGCGCAGUGUAAACCAGCUGUUUCGGCAUGAGGUGCAGAUCGCCAACCUGCCGCCUAUGCAGUCGCACAAGGCCAAGGGAGCCAUAGGCACAACCGCCGACAUCAUGGAUAGCAAUCAGAAUGCCAGUCUGGCGCGGCUUUUUGGCCCGGAGAAGUGACAGGGACCGCAACAGGUGCAGAAGCAGAAAUACACACAGAAACAAAGGAGCAGGAGGAGGCGUCGCAGCGGAGGCGGCGCCACUAGCGACACGACUACGGUCUUGGUCGAGGACCAGGAUCACGUCGAGACCAUGGCCACCUCAGCUGCCAAACUAGCGACGACUGAACUUAAAGUAAUUGUAAACUAGCUUAGACGAUGAGCCCGCACUGUAGGAGCAUCUCACGUCCUCGCCCAGCGCCCCUGACGAUGUCCAUCCCCGUGAUCCAGUCCCAAUCCCAGUUCCAACCAGAUGUUAAAUUUAUUAAUUUAUUUAUUUUAAAACUAAAUUUACAACCCCCGCAUGUAACAAUUUAAUUUUAAAUUAGUCUACCGCGGCCAUCGUUUCCCGUUUCGAUCCCAACCCGUUUCCCCUGCAGGAAAGUGGUGACUCGUGACUUGUUACUGCUUUGUUAUUUAUUAUUCGGAAUUUGUUAAACUUGUUUGCACAAAGGAAGUAGAAUCGACAAUUGCCAAUACUCCGACCCCACAAACCUUAGCCCCACAGCCCGUGUCCUUAGGCCCCCUGCAGCAGCAACGCCUGAAGCCCCUUUUAUACAUAGUUAAAUAAUUAAUUAAUGGAUUGUGCUUUUCCCUGUUUUGUAUAGUUACCUAUGCGCAGGCAUACUGUAAUUUAUAUAUAUGUACACACUUAUCCUUUGAAGAAACAUUUCUGAAAUUACGCUUAGGCUUAGUUGAUAAGCAAAAAGUUAUUAUUAUAUAAUACAUCAAUCUGUAUAUGAACACACAUCCCGCACCACAUAUGUAUGCAUUAUACCCCAAAAAACCUCCCAAAAAAAACAAAUCGGGAUUCUAUGAAUUAUAGUUGCGCGAGUAUGUAAUAUUCAAACUGAAAUUAUAUACUACUAUUUAUAACUAAAUGAAAUCGAAGCGGAGACCCCGCAAAAACACAAAAUCGAAAUAAGCUAAUAAAUUUGAAAUAAAUUUACAAAUUCUAAA